AUGUCCAACAAGGCAAUAGGCGCGGCUUCGAGCAAGGAUGGGCACCCCGACAAGCGUCCUGGGCAGCAAACGCGGGGGGAGUGGGACCUUGUGAGCUAUCAUGAGAGGAAUGCGGGACGGCUGGUGAUGGACCCGAGAGAGGCCGAGGAGGCAUUCGGCACAGAGGUCGCUCGUAAACUGAAACUCUCGGCCGACGGAGGCACGAUAUUGUGGCCACAGCCCACCAACGACCCUGAAGACCCUCAGAACUGGACAGAGCGACGGAAAACGACACAGCUGGUCAUAAUCACCUUGGCGAGCUGCAUCCCCGACUUCGUUGGGAGCAUCGGCGUCGCAACGGUCUUCGCGCUGGCGGACGAGUAUGAUACGACUCCGAACCACGUUAAUGAGCUGUCGGCCAAUUGGUCCAUAUUCCUGCUCGGGUGGGGUGGCUUUGCGGCGGUCAUUGUUGUCCGCCGCUGGGGCCGCCUCCCAGUGCUAUUUUAUUCCCAACUCGUCGCGUUCGCCUUCCUCAUUGCGAGCACGCUAGCCCCCUCGCUUCGUGUCUUCGCAGCAACGCGAUGCAUUGCAUCGUUCUUCUCAACAGCAGCGCAAAUAACUGGGCUGUAUACCGUUACCGAUAUGUACCCGCUCCAUCUCCAAUGUCGCAAACUUAAUAUAUGGACUGCAGGAUUCAUUAUCUCGCCCUUUCUAUCUCCAUUCUUCCUCGGAUUCCUUGUCGCCCAUGCCAACUUUCGCUGGGCCUUUGCUGUUGGAUGCUUCAUUUCAUUAACAGUCCUCGCCAUGACUAUGCUUCUGGCUGAAGAAACAAUGUACGACCGGAGAGCUCACCAUCCGGUGUCGAAGACUUCUUCGAAAUUGCGCUACCGCAUCGAAAGCCUGCUGGGCGUCACUGGCAUGAAGUUGGCCCGGCACCGACCAUCAUGGGGAGAGUGUGUAAUCAGUCCUCUGCGCGUGGUGUGGCGACCGCAGGCGUUGCUCGUUAUGUUGUACGGUGGAAUCGAGUUUGGCUUGAGCAUCGGCAUGACAAUAACCAACGCCAUCUUCCUCGGAACCCCACGGCCGACCGGUUUUGGCUUCAACCAGACAGCGAUUUCGUCUAGCUAUGCUACUCCAAUCGUGGCGACAAUCCUAGGCGAGAUUAUUGGCCGCUACGGAAACGACUACUUUCUUGCAGUGGGCAUCCGCACAAAGGACGGAAUACAUUUUGCCGAGACGCGCUUAUGGAUGUGUUAUGUCUCGCUUCCGUUGUAUCUGACCGGCUUCUUGCUCCAGGGAUACGGGUUCCAUGCACUCAACCUUGCGGCAGUCAUCAUGGGCUGGGGCAUCGCGCAGACCGCGAUAAUGCUCAACACAACAGCCAUCUACGCAUAUCUGGAGGACUGUUUCCCGGCCCACCAGGGAGAGGUCUCUGCGCUGUUCAACUUCUUCCGCACAAUCUCGGGCUUUGCAGUCGUAUACUUUCAAGCAGCGUGGCUCACGCGGCGUGGAGCGAUGGAGGUGUUUGGUUGCGAGGCUGCAAUCGUCGGCGUUAUUUUCGUCCUGGUGGUGCCAUUAUUGCAGGUCAAAGGCGCCGCCUGGAGGGUCAGAUUUAGACUGAAGGCCACGCCUCUGCAACCCCGCGAUACCUCGAGUGCGGUGCAGGAAGGUAGACCAGACAUUCCUGAGCUUGAUAUGUAUUCGAAGGAAGAGGAGGUGCUGGUAACCGUCGUAGACGCGGAGACAGGGAGCCCAACAGGAAUGUGCCAACUCUAA